AGCAAACUUGAUUUGCUCAUCAUUUUCAAAUAAAUAAGACUGCAUAUAAUUACACUACAAAGCAUCACCUCAUCAACAUUCAUCAUCUUUAACAAAGUUCAGCUUUUCAUCUAUGGAAAAUGGAGGGAGAACAAGCUCGCAAAACCCAGUAGUUGAAGAAUUUGUACCUUCUUCGAGUUGGAUGGAGAACCCAAGAACCCAUUCUCUAGUUGUUGAUCUGCCUGGUUUCAAGAAGGAUGAGAUUAAGCUUCAGGUUACUUGCUCUGGCGACUUGAUGAUCAGUGGAGAAAGGAAAGCACAUGAAGAAAAAAUUAUUUCUUUUGAAAAAACCUUUAAAGUGCCAAAAAAUACGGACAUGGAUAAGACCACUGGAAAAUUCAUUGGUGAUCAGGUUCUCUUUGUCACUGUUCCAAAGCAAGUGGUAGAAGAAAAGAGAAAUGUAGGGUUCUCUGAAGAGAUCUGCACAAAGGAUUUGAAGGAUACAAAUUCGGAAAAUGUUGUGGAGAUGCUUAAAAGAAAUAAGGGAAUUCUUAUGACAGCCAUUGAAAAAGGUUUCAAGAAGGAUGAGCUUAAGCUUCAGGUAACUGGCUCUGGCGACUUGAUAAUCAGUGGAGAAAGGAAAGUACAUGAAGAAAAAAUUGUUUAUUUUGAGCAAACCUUUAAAGUGCCAAAAAAUACAGAAAUGGAUAAGACCACUGGAAAAUUCAGUGGUGAGAUUCUAUAUGUCACUGUCCCAAAGCAAGUGGUAGAAGAAAAGAGAACAUAUGAGAAUGUAGAAGGAAAUGCCAAUGGUUCCCAAAGAGAAGACGAGAAGAAGAGCAAGGGAAAUGCCAACCAUCUUCCUCAAGGAAAAACUGGUUUCAAGAAUGAUGAGAUUCAUUUUCAAAUUACUGGCUCUGGCAACUUGAUGAUCAAUGGAGAAAGGAAAGUACAUGAUGACAAAAUUGUUUAUUUUGAGCAAACCUUUACAGUGCCAACAAAUAUGGACAUGGAUACGACCACUGGAAAAUUCAGUGGUGAGAUUCUCUUUGUCACUGUCCCGAAGCAAGUGGUAGACGAAAAGAGAAAUGUUGGGUUCUCUGAAGAGAUCACAGAGUAUUUGAAGAAUACAAAUUCGGAAAAUGUUGUGGAGAUGCUUAAAAGAAAUAAGGGAAUUUUUAUGACAGCCAUUGAAAAGGGUUUCAAGAAGGAUGAGCUUAAGCUUCAGGUUACUGGCUCUGGCGACUUGAUGAUCAGUGGAGAAAGGAAAGUACAUGAAGAAAAAAUUGUUUAUUUUGAGCAAACCUUUGAAGUGCCAAAAAAUACGGACAUGGAUAAGAUCACUGGAAAAUUCAGUGCUGAGAUUCUGUAUGUCACUGUCCCAAAGCAAGGGGUAGAAGAAAAGAGAACAUAUGAGAAUGUAGAAGGAAAUGCCAGUGGCUCCCAAAGAGAAGACGAGAAGAAGAGCAAGGGAAAAGUUUACCAUCUUCCUCAAGGAAAAAUUGGUUUCAAGAAUGAUGAGGUUCAACUUCAAAUUACUGGAUCUGGCAACUUGAUGAUAAGUGGAGAAAGGAAAGUACAUGAAGACAAAAUUGAUUAUAUUGAGCAAACCUUUAAAGUGCGAAAAAAUACAGACAUGGAAAAGAACAUUGGAAAAUUCAGUGGUGAUAUCCUCUUUGUCACUGUCCCAAAGCAAGUGGUAGACGAAAAGAGAAAUGUAGGGUUCUAUGAAGAGAUCAUAAAGGACUUGAAGAAUACAAAUUCAGAAAAUGUUGUGGAGAUGCUUAUAAGAAAUAAGGGAAUUCUUAUGACAGCCAUCUUGGCAUUUUCACUAGGGGUAUUGGCAACGCGUAAGUUGUAAUCACUGGAAACUGAGUAGGCUCUCAACUGUAUUGCUUACAUAUACUAUCUGCCUUCAUCUCAUAUUAUACCUGAAAGCAGCUACAUUUCGUUCUAUGUACAAAAUAAAAAUGCUAUGUAAAAAUCCAAAUAAAUGAUAUCUAAUGCCCCGUACCUGGAGGGUUAGGGAGUUCGUUCCUA